UUUUUUUUUUUUUUUUUUUUUCGACAUUCGUGUAUGAACCAAAGUACCUGAACUGCCAAAAACUCUAUCGAAAAUUCAGCAACAAGAAAUUCGAAGGAGAUAAACACUUUAGUUUUCGCAAUCUAAAAGCAAAAACCUCCAAAAUGUCUCCGGCGGCAGAUGUCCACGAGCCGGUCUCAACAGACCCCACCAUUCUCGCAUUGCGCAAGACGUUGUGCUCCGAAGAUAGUCAACUAGCCCUUAGAUUUCGUUCCCUUUUCUCGCUCAAGCACCUGGCCACUCACUCAAACGAUGCCGCAUCAGCACAGGCAGCCAUCGAUGCUAUCGCUGCGGGAUUCGCGUCACCAUCGGCACUGUUGAAGCACGAGCUGGCAUACUGCCUUGGACAAACGGGGAAGCCUGCCGCCGAGCCUUACCUGAAGAACGUUCUUGAGAACCUGAACGAGGACCCCAUGUGCCGUCACGAAGCUGCCGAGGCUCUAGGAGCGCUUGGAAACGCAUCUAGCUUGAACGUUCUGCGUAGGUUCCGAGACCGUCCCGGCGAGGAGGUCGUUGUCACAGAGACCUGCGAGAUUGCGAUAGAUAGGAUAGAGUGGGAAAACUCGGAGGAGCGCAAGAAGGAGAAGCUAAAGCAGAGUGAUUUCAUCUCGGUCGACCCGGCACCACCGAUGCCCGAGCAGGACAGGAGUGUGGAAGAACUAGGCAAGACGCUUAUGGACACAUCCCUUCCUCUCUUCCUCCGAUACCGAGCAAUGUUUGCACUUCGAGACUUGGCAUCGCCACCGGAUCUGCCAACUGCCGUUCCUGCGAUCUUGGCUCUUGCCCGUGGCCUGACCCAGGACAAGUCUGCCUUGUUCCGCCACGAGAUCGCCUUUGUCUUUGGUCAACUGUCCCACCCCGCAUCUAUUCCUGCUCUUACUGAGUCGUUGAGUAACCUCGAAGAGGCGAGCAUGGUGAGGCACGAAGCUGCAGAGGCUCUGGGUGGUCUCGGCGACGAAGCCGGCGUCGAGGACACCCUCAAGAAGUUCCUUAAUGACAAGGAAAAGGUCGUGAGGGAGAGCUGCAUUGUGGCGCUGGACAUGGCCGAGUAUGAAAAGAGCGGCGAGACAGAAUACGCUCUCAUCCCGGAUGUAACCAGCGCGGCGGCAUAGAUUGAUGCUCCUGUUUGCUGUUCGUGUAAGAAAUUCGGAGAAAAAAUAUCUCCAGGCAAGGGUGGCGUUCCGGUGGUAGAUAAAAACAAUUGAUUUCCUCGGGGUAUGGUCUUUGAAUGGGGGUUACUAUACCAAGCAAGUAUCUUCCUUUGAGUGUGGUGUCACCAUUAGUCCUUUACUAGGCCGUGCAUGAUCCCUGCCUAGGAGGUACGUGGACCAGCACCAUUUCUUUCUUUCUUUUUUUUUUUUUUUUACACCACUCAACUCUGUCAUUUUCCAUGCGCACGCAUCCUUCGAAGUUGGCGGUUUUCGGCCAAAAUUAAACGCUUGAAAAACGAGGUUGAAAUCUGCCCAUAUCUUGCAUAUACACGCAGAAAGGGUACACAAACCUGUUCAUCUUCGGGAUUUUGAAUAAUCGACCGAUGGGAUUUUGAUCUCACAAAAAGAUACCUUAAGUGCAGUUUCGCAAAUGAUAUCAUAUCCAGUUUCUGGUUCUGCCCAGCUUUAACGAUCUACAUGCGCAGCAUCAAGCCCAUGCCGCUACAGACAGAUUUGGGUGAACGGAAAGUUUGGGAAUGGAAUGCACACACCUCCCUACGACGACCACUCGAUACCAGCCUCGGCAACUGUAG